AUGGCGAGCACGUGGCCGCAGCCCACAACGAUGAGGAGCAGCUGGGAUGCAGUGACCUACGAUGAUGUGCAUGUGAGCUUCACUCGGGAAGAGUGGGCUUUGCUGGAUCCUUCCCAGAAGAGUCUCUACAGAGAUGUGAUGCUGGAGACCUGCAGGAACCUCACUGCUGUAGGCUAUAAUUGGGAAGACCAGAAUAUUGGAGAAAAAUCCCAAAGUUCUAGAAGACAAGGAAGUCAUCUCCAAAGGCAUGAAAGAACACACACUGGAGAGAAACCUUACGAAUGUGAUCAAUGUGGUAAAGCCUUUGCAUGUCACGAUACUCUCACCUUGCAUAGAAAGCUGCACACUGGAGAGCAACCCUAUGAAUGUAAGCAAUGUGGGAGAGCCUUUGUACGUCCCAGCCGUCUUCAAAUGCAUGAAAGAACACAUACUGGAGAGAAACCCUAUGAAUGUAAGCAGUGUGGAAAAGCCUUUGCAUCUAAAGGUUAUUUCCAAAUACAUAAAAGCACACACACCGGAGAAAAACCCUAUGAAUGUAAGCAAUGUGGAAAAGCCUUUGCAUGUCGAGGUUAUCUCCAAAAACAUAAAAUAACCCAUACUGGAGAGAAACCCUAUGAAUGUAAGCAGUGCGGAAAGGCCUUUGCAUGGAAGAGAGCUCUCCACUUUCAUAAAAGAACACAUACUGGAGAGAAACCCUAUGAAUGUAAGCAAUGUGGGAAAGCCUUUGCAUGUCACAGUAGUGUUACAUUGCAUAAAAAAAUGCAUGCUGGAGAAAAACCGCAUGAAUGUAAGCAAUGUGGCAAAGCCUUUGCAUGUAACAGUAAACUGCAAAAGCAUAAAAGAACACACACUGGAGAGAAACCCUAUGAAUGCCAUCAAUGUGGUAAAGCCUUUACAUCUCACAGUUAUCUCCAAAUACAUAAAAGAAAACAUAGAGAAUAA